AUGGUGGAAGUGGAGCAGAAGAAGCGGACCUUCUGCAGGCUCACCUACCACGGCGUGGACCUUGGCCAGUAGCUGCUGCACAUGUCCUACCAGCAGCUCCAGCAGGGACCCCGAGCCUGGCAGAGGCGGCAGAAGCAGCACUCGCUCCUGCAGCACCUUCGCAAGGCCAAGAACGAGGCACCGCCCAUGGAGAAGCCGGAGGUGGUGGAGACAUGCCUGCGAGAGACUGUGGGCAGUGUUGGGGGCGAGUACAAUGGCGAGACCUUCAGCCAGGUGGAGCUCCAGCCAGAGGUGAUCUGCCACCACCUGGGCGAGUUCUCCAUCACCUGCAAGCCCAUGACUCACAGCUGGCCGGGCAUCGGCGCCACCCACUCCUGCCGCUUCACUCCCCUCGAGUGGCCCUUGCAGUAA